UGACUGUCCGAAUUUCUGACAUAUCUCAGCCUCAACUACAGACACAGAUUACAAUCAGAAAUUUUAUACAUUUAUAUAAGUAGUAAUUAGAUUACGGCCGACGAGCUAGACAGCACGUUUUGGUGUCAAAGAAAAACGAAAUCGCCAUGAGCGAAUUAACUCCAGAAGAGAUGAGGAAGAGGCGAUUAGCCCGCCUAGCAGGCCUUGAGACAAGCAUUUCCACUAAUAGUUCAAACAGUGGCACUGGAUCUCUAUCUCCUAGUACUCCAGGCCCAUCAAGAUCAUCUUCUGGCCCAAUAAUGUCUCCACCCACACAGCAACUACAACAUCCAGAGGCUCCGAUGGAAGUUGAAGAUGCCAGCGAAAAACAAUGUAAUACCUCAGGAGUAGAUGUUGAUUCUGGUAUUGAAAAUAUGGAAGUUGAAGAAUCUGAUCGCAAAGAGCUUGCACCACGAUCCAGGACAACUAGUUCCAGUACUGAGGUAACCACUGACCAAAUCCACACAGUGGUUUCCCGUGUGCUUUGCGUCUCUUGGAAAGAAUCAACUGAAGGUGCUAUAUUUCUUCCACAAACUGCCGCCAAUGCUUUGGAGCAUGAACUUGUCGAUGUUACUGACAUAGCUAAUCAAGCACUGAUGGAAGUUCUCUGCAUGUUCUCACGGGGUGAAGACCCUCUAAAAGAAAUUUCAUCGGAUGUGUCUUCCGACCGCGAAGACAGUCCUAAUAGUCAAGCAAGCCCUUUGCUGAGUCCGGUUGUCACUUUGCCUUCUUGUCCAGUACCUACAUUGCCCCUGCCCACUGCUGGCAAGUCCCAGCAACCAAAGAGUCUCAUUUAUCUGCUAGAUUGCUACUCCAGGGUUGCUGUUGAAGAGAGAAAUCAUCCAAAGAGAUCCAGUACACCGCCACUCUCCGAAGUAUUGUCCGCACUUCGGGCCCAAUGUGUGCAACACGCCAGCCUGGUUCUACAAGGGUUAGUUGGUAUAUGCCCAAGCUUGACUUUGCCGACACCGUCAGCAUCACUUCUUUAUCCAGUACUUUCACAAAACCUUCCCCGAGGUUUCUUGCACGAACUUGUUGCCAGAACGUACUCCAACCCAUAUAUCUUCGGCAAAAUAUUUACUCCAUUACUCCAAGGGUUGUUUUUAUCGAUGCAGCAAGCAAGCUUGAUUGGCAACACACAUCGUAGGCCAAUUGAAGCCUUGGAAGAAUUGAUUGAAAUACGCUGUGGACAGAUGGGCAAUGUGCGUCCCAUUUGUCGCCUGAUUACGCAUCAAACCCAGUUCCUUCCAGACGUAUUGACGACCGCCGUUGGUCGAGAACUAGCCAGAACUUCAUUUUUGGGGCCCUUUUUGUCUGUGUCUGUAUUUGCAGAGGACCAACCGAAGGUGGCCGAGAAAUUUUUUAGCGGUAAUCCAGUGACCGACAAAUCCAUGAAUUUAACUCUACAACAAGAGCUCGAGAGUACGCGAUCGUCGCUUCACAAAAUGCUCCAUGCUAUUUUGGCCAAUAGUAGUUGCUGUCGUGAGGCUACACUGGCUUAUUUUGCGGCUCUUCUUCGUCAUAAUGAGAAACGUGCACAAAUUCAAACAGAGGAAUUCGCCUUGGCUGGUGAUGGGUUCAUGCUCAAUCUGUUAUCGUCACUUCAGAUGCUGGCUGUUAAAAUUAAGCUCAAUACAAUAGAUACGUUGUAUCCAUUUCAUCCAUCCAGUUACGUUGAAAUAAAAAAUGAUACCAGAUUGAAACUGAGCUCACAAGAAGUCACAGAAUGGUUGAAGAGCCUGGAAUCAACGCACAAAUGGACAGAGGCCAAAUUUCCUACUCAAUGCUGGUUUUUGACACUUCACUGCCAUCACUUGGCACUUUUGCCAGCACUUCAAAAGUAUCAGAGAAGAUUGAGAGCACUCAGAGAGUUACAAAAAAUGUUGGAUGAACUACAAGCAACUGAACCGCAAUGGAAAGAUGCCCCUUUUGCGGCCCAUAACAAAGAACUGAUGAAACGUUGGAAACAACAAUUGAAACGUUUGGGCAGAUCGAAAUCCUCUGCCGAUGCCGGGUUAAUAGACCAAGUUCUCCUAAGGCGUUCCCUACACUUUUACACUUCUGUGGCCGACGUUUUGCUUGGUCUCCUCAGUCAGAGACCGCCCGGUAGCGAACUACCUACCCUUCCCCUUCCCCAACAUGUUCCACCUCAAUUUACUGCCCUACCGGAAUGGUAUGUCGAAGACAUCGCCGAGUUCUUACUUUUCACACUUCAAUUCAGUCCUGCAGUUGUGGCAAAUAACAUGGAUAAUUCCCUGAUUACAUGGCUGCUGGUUGUGAUAUGCACACCACACUGUAUUCGCAACCCGUACUUAAUUGCUAAAAUUAUUGAAGUACUUUUCGUGAUAAAUCCCAGCGUUCAGGGAAGAACCGAAACUCUACAUGACCAAGUAAUGGCACAUCCAAUAUCGAAAACAUUCUUGGCAUCAUACCUUAUGAAGUUUUAUACUGACGUCGAAACGACAGGAUCCAGCUCAGAAUUCUAUGACAAAUUCUCUAUCCGUUAUCACAUCAGUCUGAUAUUAAAAUCUAUGUGGGAGAGUCCUGUGCAUAGAGCAUCCAUUGUUAAUGAAAGCAGAAGUGGCAAGCAAUUUGUGAAGUUUAUAAACAUGCUGAUGAAUGACACAACGUUUUUGUUGGAUGAGAGUUUAGAAUCUCUGAAACGCAUUCACGAAGUUCAAGAACUCAUGUCAAACACUACAGCUUGGGCUGCGCUUCCCCAAGAUCAACAACAGUCUCGAUCGAGGCAAUUAACAGCCGAUGAACGUCAGGCAAGAUCAUACCUGACACUUGCAAAAGAAACAGUCGCUAUGUUCCACUAUUUGACAGUAGACAUCACAGAGCCAUUCUUACGCCCAGAGUUGGUCGGUAGACUCAGUGCCAUGUUAAACUUCAACUUGCAGCAGCUUUGUGGACCAAAGUGUAAAAAUCUCAAAGUGAAAAAACCAGAAAAAUAUGGAUGGGAACCAAGAACAUUGUUAAGUCAAUUAGUCGAUAUAUACUUGCAUCUAGACUGUGAUAAUUUUGCUGCUGCUUUAGCUAGCGACGAGCGCUCGUUCUGCAAAGAACUGUUCAACGACGCAGCAGGUAGGAUGGAAAGGUCUGCAAUAAAAACAGCAACUGAAAUCGAACGGUUUCGAGCUCUGGCAGAACGGGCUGCCGCAAUAGCAAGGGAUAACCAAGCGCGGGAUGAGGACUACGGCGAUGCACCGGAAGAAUUCCGUGAUCCUCUCAUGGAUACACUAAUGGAAGAGCCGGUCAAACUCCCAUCUGGGAUUAUCAUGGAUAGAGCAGUAAUCAUCAGACAUCUACUGAACAGCGCCACGGAUCCUUUUAGUCGUCAACCUCUCAGCGAGGAUAUGCUGACACCUGUGCUGGACUUGAAAGAACGGAUCUCCGCAUGGAAACAGGAGAAAAAGAAGUCUGCGAACAUAUAAGUGCUACUAAAUACGCGAUGAGUUAUUGAGAAAAUAUGAAAAAAAAAAAAAAAAAAAAACUAAAACUAAAAACGAAACAAAACUAUAUCCGAUUAUUUGUGCAAGACUAGGUGGUGUAUUCCAUCGAUUAAUAAAUGCCGCCCUUUUACGUGAACGUGAACACAGUGCAACGAUCUCGGUAUUGUGCAACUGUUGCGCUCAAUAAAUUGAAACAGUUUUCGUACAACAAACACUGACUGCAGCUAGGAAACUGCCAAUAUAACUCCAAGCGUGCGUUUAGAUUAGUAUGUAAAUAAGUACUGGCAACAUUUGCUAGUGUACAAAAUUCAAUUUCGCUCAUAGAUAUAAGUAAUCGUUCGAAAAUUUCAAUAAAAUACAUAUAAUCUGUUAGUACCGAAUAAAUCUAUAGUAUCCAUCCGAAAAAUACAAACAAGUCCUUGACAUAGGGUGAUAUUUGUUAUGGAUUAUGUACAUCUCAUGUUGGAAGAUAUUUCGUAAUCGUCAUUUUCGAGAAGAUGUAAACCAAUAUUUGAAAAUCCACCCUAAUUGGCAAUAGAGAUUUUCAGUAUAUUGAACAAGUCAGUGAUCUGUAUACUAGAACGCUAUUAAUCUAUAGGUGAACAUAAUUUGACGUACAAAAGACAGAGAAACGAAAGUAUUAGUUCUAAUAUUGAAAUGUUUUACAAUUAGUAGGGUAAUUUCUCACCGUCAAUAUCGGCCGAAAAAUUAUUUAUGCCUACAUUUUUUUUCUCAGACAAAUGACAACUCUGCACUCGCCGCAUCACGAAGAAAAUUAUAAUAAAUUAUUUCACUGCUUUUGCUAAAGAUUCUAGUCUAUAUAAAGCAGUUAAAUUGUUUAGAUACAAUAACACAAAACGCUGCCUAACUUUGACAUCGCAGGAAGCGAUAAAAUUUAAGGAAAAUCAUUGACAUAUUUGAGCAAUUGAAAAAUGAUUCUACUUUGCUAAUCAAUGUAAAACAACCAUGAGAAAAUACCGAAUCCUAUCGGGAUGGGGAAUAUUGUAGACAGCAACAUCGAGUCAACGAAAUUAAAUAUUCCCAAAUAUUUAUCAGAUGUACAUGUUUUGGAAAGUGUUCAAAUAUUAAAAUGUGUACAGUUUGGAGAAAAUUGAAAUAUUAAUAUUGAGUUGUUUUUUUUUUUAUCCACUAUAAUUGUUAUGCAUAAUAAAUCUCUAAUGACUUCAAAACGAACGUAGUUGUAUAAUAACUAUUCAGGAAAAUAAAAAUCUGAUUACCACUAAUCAUAUCCAUUCAAAAUUUAUAUCUGUUGCAACAGCAAUUUUUAUGAACGGACUCGUAUUCUCUUCAAUCACAGCGCUUUACCAGCAAUAAUUAUAUGAAAGAAAAAAACUUUGCUACAAUUGCAGGGAGUGCAGAGCGCCACCAGAUACAUUUACUGACUGCAGAAGAUAAUAAAUUUAAACUGCAUUACAGCAUCAAUCGUUUCUGUGUCAGAUCCCUUGUAAUUGAAAGCAAGAAAAAUCGACGAUUAACACGAUGAACAAUAUCAAUGAACAAAUAACUGAAUAAUGAUCUCAAUAUUAAUUUAAUAGCCAGAGUAGCAAGAAUUAAUUUUCAAGUUGAACAGCAGAAUAAACCAUUCUAAUAAGGUUGGUUAGGUACUUGAGGGACUAUUUAGUUUUUUUUUUUUUGUCUUACUCACAUUAUCUUUCUAUAAAUCAACGUUGUGGAUUGAUAAUUAUGACAUGUGUGAAUAAAUAAUAUAAAAUAAGUAACAAAUGUGUCGAGCAAUCUCCGAAUGACGGCGGAAUAGUAUCACAAACCGAGGAAUCGCUAUUAAAAGUAAGGAACAUGCUGUACGGAAAAACAUAGUCUUCAAUUUAAAUUUGAUGUCUUAUUUCAACUCAACAAGGUGUAAAUAAUGAGAAACUAUUGUAUCGUGAUAAACAUCACUAAUCUAAUUGCAAGAAAAAAUAAAAAAUUAGAGAUCGAUAGAA